AUGUCGCUCUCUGAGGGAGUGUAUAAUUCGACGCUCACUGGGAAUCUCAGCCACAGCCAUGCCACGGCCGGAAGAUUCAGCAUGGAGUGGAGAGCACCUUCCGCCAUGUCAAUGGCCAUUUUCGCGCUCACCGUCCUACUGGGCGUCCCGGGCAACGGAUCGGUCAUCUGGGUGACCAGCUUCAAAAUGAAGAGUAAGGCCCACACUAUGUGCUUCCUGAACCUGGCUGCGGCUGACCUGAUAUUUUGCCUGUCUCUCCCAGUGUACAUGUUGAAUAUCUCCGGGCUUCUCUCUUUGGAAGGUGACAAUACCUUUUAUACCCUUUCGUCAUUGUUUUCAGCAAUUACGCUUCUAAACGCUUUAGCCAGCGUAUAUCUGUUAUGUCUGAUCAGCAUCUAUCGCUGCCUGGCAGUUAAACGGCCCGUCUGGUUCCAGCAACAUCUGAGCCUCACAUUGGUACGUGAGACCUGCUUCGUGGCCUGGGUGAUAACCACUGCCAUAAGCCUGCUUGUAUUCUUUCCUCAGCGUCAUUUCGAUGUUGUGUACAUUUUGCCUGCCUUCAGCUUCGUCUCCACCUUAGUGAUUAUGAUCAUUUGUAACGCCGUCGUUGGCUGGAGGCUGCAAGGGGAGAGGUUCGCUAAGUCCAGGAAGCCCAUACGCAUGAUCAUGAUCGCGGUCGCCGCCUUUGUGAUCUGUUGGCUCCCCCUCAUAAUCUGCAUCCUCCUACCAAACGACUCCAAAAUUGUUCCUCUGGACUGGUACAUGUUCACUGAAGCCCUGGCCUCAUUCAACAGCGCCCUCAACUCUCUUAUCUACGUCUUCGCCGGAAGCGUCUUCCGUCAGGUCUUCAAGCGCUCCCUGUUUGCCUCGCUCCAGCUGGCUUUCACCGAGCAUGAACGACAGGGUGAGAUCGAGAACCGCAAUCCCACCUGCAAUAGGAAUGACUGA